CGCUGGGUCUUGUGGGUGGAAUCGCACUGACUGGGUUUGGCUUUUCGCACGAUGCUGCGCCUGGGAGACCUGAAGCUGACGCCGCGUAAGUGUGAGGAAGAGAGGGGGUGGUUGGCUGCAUGAAUCUGGAGUCGACGCCUUGGUUGUGCAGUCUGAGCCUUCUCUUCUCAGCUGAAUGUGCUGAUAGCAAGGGGCGGGAAACGGGCUUCGUGUCCCCAGAUCGGGACUCUUGAAUUAGUUUUAGCAGAAGAGAAAUGGAGGAGCCAUAGAACAUUAAGGAUGAAUUCAGGAAGGCCUGAGACCAUGGAAAACUUGCCUGCUCUCUACACUAUUUUCCAAGGAGAGGUUGCUAUGGUGACAGACUAUGGAGCAUUUAUCAAAAUCCCUGGCUGUCGGAAGCAAGGUCUGGUCCAUCGAACUCAUAUGUCAUCCUGUCGGGUGGAUAAGCCCUCUGAAAUAGUAGAUGUCGGAGACAAAGUGUGGGUGAAGCUUAUUGGCCGAGAGAUGAAAAAUGAUAGGAUAAAAGUAUCCCUCUCCAUGAAAGUUGUCAACCAAGGGACUGGGAAAGACCUUGAUCCCAACAACGUUAUCAUUGAGCAAGAAGAGAGGAGGAGGCGUUCCUUCCAGGAUUACACUGGGCAAAAGAUCACCCUCGAGGCUGUCCUGAACACUACCUGCAAGAAGUGUGGCUGUAAAGGCCACUUUGCAAAAGAUUGCUUCAUGCAGCCGGGUGGGACCAAAUACUCUCUGAUACCUGAUGAGGAAGAGGAGAAGGAAGAAGCAAAGACAGCAGAAGUUGAGAAGCCUGACCCCAUGAAGAAUUCUUCUAGAAAAAGAAAGAAGGAAAAGAAGAAAAAGAAACAUAGAGACAGGAAGUCGUCUGACUCUGACAGCUCAGACUCUGAGAGUGAUACAGGCAAGAGGGCAAGGCACACAUCAAAAGACAGCAAGGCAGCAAAGAAGAAGAAAAAGAAGAAGAAGCACAAGAAGAAGCACAAGGAGUGAGAGUAGCAAGAGUGCAGAGGGUGGUUGAGAGUAGGAACCAGGGGCCUUGUGCCUUGAAGCCCUGGCUCCUAGAAAGACUCAACAGUGAGAAUAUGGCUUUCCACCCCAUUAAGUUCACUCCCAUGGGAGAUGCGUCCCCUCGUGCAACAGGCAGGUUUGAGAGUUAGAGGUCACAAGUAGCUGCCUGAAUGAGUUGUUGUUUCCUUGUCACUCCUGGUCCUUUUGCAAGUGACCCCUGCAGCUCACACAUUCAUUCAUCCAGCUUCCUUCAUUCAGCAGGAGGUCCUAUUACCUUCUCCAGCGGCCACUGCCAGAGCCGGAUUCCUGCACAGGAGUCCAGGCUAGCGCCACAGGGACUGCUGUGUUGGUAAGUCUGGCUGUAGUUAGAGAACAGAGUGACUAGCCCCUUCUAUUGGUCUGUUUGGGCUGACUGGUGUGUGAUCUCUGCUGCAUCCAACAUAGAGGCAGAGACUGGCAGCCAGAGGGAGGAUGUGUUAAGAAGUGGUGCUCACCCUUUCCAUCCCCCAGCAUGGUUCUGUGCUAGAAGGGACAGCCAGUGGCCACAGCCAGAAAACGAUCAUUUGCCGUGUGACUUAGCUAGUGUAUGACAUUCCAGCGGACCACUGAACUGGACAGCUGAAACCAAGAUCAUUGUUCCACUUUGUAUUUACUACUGUGUAAGUCAGUUGAUUCUACUUCAGGUCCCUGCUUAAAUUCCUGGCACUAAAUGGAAGUGUGUUUGGUUUUAAACU